AUGGGUUCCAGCAACAGCAUGGAGGACCUCGCCGAAAGACAACUCUUUCACGAAGCAAACGGAAACCCUGCCCCCGAUCGUAACGAGCGUGGCAUUAUCGCGGCUGGGGGUAUGGACACCUACACAACUAUCAUUUCAGGACAAGCUGCCUCUAUUCUUAUGCCUUUCAGCGAUGCUAAGAAAUGCAAAUUGAUGAUUGACCUCCAGUGGAAUCUCAUCCAGAUCGCGGCCAUGAGUGGCGGGGCCAGAUAUCCUGCUGCUUCCACAGCCUGCUGUUUACGAUCCCUGGAAGCGUUUGAGACGAUAUAG